GUCUGCGCGAUGAUGCUACGUGAUUACUGGAGCAAGAAAAGGAAAAGCUCGAACAGUCGAUCUAUCGAUUCACCUCCGACUAAAUUCAGCAAUGGCGGCGAUCCGAUGUGCUGCUGCUGGCAUCGCGCUCCUCCGGCGAGCAGCAGCCGGCGGCGAGCGGGCAGCGCUCCAGAAGAUCUUCCCCUCUCUGCGACCUCGGGGGAUUCACAGCCUCCUCGACCGCCCCCUCGGCGCCGGCGCCCUGUCGUCGCCGACGACGUCCAUGGGACCAGCUCGCUGCGUCUUCCCGUCCAACAGAUACAUGAGCACCAGCCGCCUCCAGCAGAAGGGGGGACACAGUGCGCCAACUUAUCAGGAGCCUAGUGCCAAGCUUCUCUGCCUGCUAACGCUCACGGCAUCAUUGAUGUAUGAUGCGUGGGAUUCUUACGAUGGGUUUGCAAGCCGUUUCGGCGAGUUUUCGACGUGCGAGUUCUCGCGGGAGCAGAUUUCCCAAUUCCCAACAGCUGCUUGGUCGAUACUGGACAAGACCAGUGACUUGAUGCUGGAAAGAGAGCCCCCAACUUCAACCUGAGCAAAAACUUUGGCACUUGUCAUACUAGUAAUUUUUUGUACAUGCUUUGCAAGUUGAGAACUUCGGAUUGAUAUAUGUCCACAUAUUUUUCCACAAAAAUGUAAAGGCCCCUUCGAGUGCAUUUGCUCCCUUUUCAAAAAAUAACUUUCACUUUUCC